AUGUCUACUUCUCAUCAAACCGCUGCCCAGACCGCUGUCGGCAUCUUUGCCGGCACCGACUUCCUGCUUUGGAAGCCCCGCAUGGAGAACCAUAUCCGCGCCUCUGGCGCGGGUAGAGCGCUGCGCAUGCCCCGCGCAGUCAUGCUAGCCACCAAUCCCUCUGAGGCCGAGAUCAACAAGUGGGAGGACGCCAACGACACCGCGAUCGGCAAGAUCAGGGAGUGUGUCAGCCACGACAUGAACCAGUUCAUCUUGAACAACGACACGGCACUCCAGAUGUUCGCCACACUGGAGGUGCGCGCAGGCGCGCAAGGGAUCACGGCGGCGAUCAACGAAAUUAAGAUCGCCCUCAACACCCAGAUCCCGGCCGACACCGACCCCAACCCUGCUCUCGCCAAGAUCAUGGCGGCAUUCUCUCGUUUCGCAGGUCUGGGUGGCGUCAUAACCGACUCCACUCGGGCCGUCAUACUUUUCUCGAAAAUACCGGCUGGCUACGAGCCGCUCAAACACCAAAUCAACAACUCCACGCAGCUCCUCACCAAUCUGGCGACGAGCGACAUCAUCCAGGGCAUGCAGGCAUCCUGGGAUCUGCGGUCCUCCGGACAGAAGAAAAAGAAGGUCACUCAGGUGAAGGAGGAGCAGGCCAACAAGGCCAGCUCCAGUACGAAGCAGUACAACGGCCAGUCGUCAUCCGACGGCAAGAAGAAGCGUCCUUCCAAGAAGGAGCGCAAGGAGCACCAGGCGCAGCAGCAACAGCAGCAGCAACAGAAGCCGGCGGCCGCUAACGCGGCUUCGUCGUCGGCUCCUGCCAACGCGACGCCAUCUCCGGCGCCGCAGAGUGCCGCACCCGCCGCUGCCAACUACUCGGCAACGUUUACAACGCCGGCUCCCGUCUACCACGUCGCGCACGUCGCUUCCGGGCCGUCUGGCCCCUCAUACUCUCCACCGGUGUAUUCCGCACCUACCCCCGAUCCGCGCAAGCGGUCCCACCAACCCGCGACGGCCUUUCAAGGCCGCAGCAGCGCUCCGGCGCCCCCUCACGGAACCGCAGGCGCACUCAAGCGCCAGCGAGACCAGGGCAUUGCGCCCACGUUCGAGGGAACGCGCGCCGAGUUGCCUGCGUUCGCGGGGGAGACGCCGCUUAUUCAGCGGCUCUCCAUGGGCCCCUCAGCGUCCCCGCCUCUGUCGGCUCGCAUCGAGCCGGUAGAGGAGCCUUCUCGUCCUCCCAAGCGCACCAAGUUCUCUGACUACAAGAAGCGUCAGAAGCUCGGUGACCGCCUCGCUGGCGGUGGUUCUUAUGUCGACGACUCUGCGACCGGCCACAAGGGCUGGCUCAAUGCGGAGGCGUACGCGGAGUACCAGCAACAGAAAGAGGACCUUCGCCGUUCCAUGGCGCCCACCCCGGUCCAAGUCGCCGAGUAUGGCUAUGAGGACGACAUUGAGGAGUUCGAGGGGCGGAGAACGGGCGGUGUCACUCGAUUGCGAGUCGAUCUGGUGCGCAACCAGUUUUCUCGAUGCCGCUGA